UUUAGAAGCAUUAUUUUGGCCGCGGUGCUUUGCUUCCUUGGUGCAGUAUCUGCAGUCGACAGAUGUUUACCAGGAGAACCCUGUUUCCCGGACAACCCAGUGGUACUUAAUUUUGGGGAGACAUUGGAAGGGAAAUUAUUGCUUCCAUAUAUGCCAGAAUAUAUCGAGAAUGUGAUUACACGAGACAUGGUCUGGACGAAAUUUCCCAUUGGAAUAGUGGUGGCCAAAUCAACCCAAGAUGUCCAAAAAGCUGUCUUGUUCGCCCGGAAGUACAACUUGCUGGUUUCUAUUCGUUCCUCUGGUCACGACUUCCUUGGAAGAUCUACAGCGCAUGGAAGUCUUCAAAUUCUUCUGGGAAACAUGACUAAAACUUCAAUUAAUUUGACGUCAUCAAGAAAUCCUGCAGGAGAAAUAACUUGCGAAAGCGGAAACACAUGGCUUAAGGUUUACGAGGAAGUCGACAAGGUUAAUCGUGUCAUAGUCGGUGGAAGUGCUCAUACUGUGUGUAUGGGUGGCUAUACACUUGGAGGUGGACACAGCCCAAUGUCGAGGACAUUUGGGUUGGCUGUUGAUAACUUGUUAGAGGUAGAAAUGGUGGAUGCCGAGGGUCGUAUCAUUGUGGCCAACGACCAAAUGACGCAAAUAAAACAUUUAAACGACUCCGUCACAAAAACCGAUAACAGCGACAUCUUCUGGGCAUUACGGGGAGGAGGUGGUGGAACCUUCGGUAUAGUUACCAAGUUCACUUUUAAACUGCAUUACCCAGCAUCUGGAGUAGCGACAUUUGGGUGUUCUUAUCCCAUCGUGCGAAAUGACAAAACAGAAAUUGGACACAUUGUUCUAAAGAAGAUAGUGUCAAUGUUGAAGAACUUGCCAACAGAAUGGGGCGGAUAUCUGAUAGCCGUUGGUACACUGAACUCAGACUUCUCUUGGGGUACCAUCUCCCUCGCCAUGAAUCACUAUGGGUCUUACGAUGCACCGACGAGAUCCUAUAUGGAUGAAUUGAAAAAUUUUCACCCUGAAUGGCAAAGGGGAUGUGGAUAUGGUCGCAUGAAUACGUUUUUGGAGUACGAAUCUACUCCAAAGGACCCUCCGUAUGUGAGCACCUACCUUCUGAAUUCUCUUAUGCAAAUGGAUAGUUUCACGGAUGAUUGGAUUCGGUAUAUUCUUACAGCUUUAGGGACCAAACUACCUCAACCCGGAAUUUUGUCAUUUACAGGAAUUCUACUAGGAGGAAAGACAUCGGCAGUAGGAAUUCACAACACAUCCGUGCACCCUGGAUUUAGGUCAGCUGUAAUGUCGUUAUCCAUGGGUAUCACUCCAACAACCGGAAAUACUACAGGUCUAAGAGAGAAGGCUGCAGAAAUGGCCCCUCAUCUGGCAACCUACGGAAAUGGCCAGUACCCCAACGAAGCAAACGCUGAUUUAAAUAACUGGCAAGAUAAAUUCUGGGGCAGCAAUUACAAUCGACUGCUCAGCAUCAAGCACCAGUGGGACCCAGACAAUUUUUUCACAUGUCGAGAGUGCGUUGGAUCAGAAGAGAUGUCUGUUCAUACUCAUGGACCAGGCAGCCAGAGUGGAGCUCACUCAGUAUUUGGAAAGUGAAACUCAAAGUCAUUUACCCUUGAUAUGUGCACAUGUAAAGCUCUC